AUGGCGGGCGCGCUGGGCGUGGGGCCGGGGGUGCUGGCGCUGCUGCUGCUCUGGGCCAUGGCGCUGCUGCUCGGGAUGGCGCUGGCCCGCGCCGGCCGCGCCCGGGUCGCCGCGCUGCCCGUGGUGCUCGGAGCCGCCGCGCUCACGGCCGCGCUGCUGCUCUUCCCCCGCGAGGGCGAGAGCCCGGCCCCGGCCAGCGCCGAGGAGAUCGUGGACUCCUUCUUCAUCGGUCGCUUCGUCCUCCUGGCUGUGAUGAGCCUGGUCUUCCUGGGGUGCCUGUUCCUGCUCCUGAUUUACCACCUCAUGGAGCCCGUGUACGCCAAGCCACUCCACAGCAGCUAGAGACAGCAAGCCCUGCAAAGAGAAAAUCCCAGUUUCAUGGGAAUAGACCAGGAAAGGAGACCAGGAGGCUGUUCUGGAGGUGACCAUGGUGGGGUUUCCGAGCUCAGGAAGCACCAGCGAAGCAAGUGAAGGUCACUGCAGCUUUCAUCCUAAAGGCAGGGUUUGAGCUGAGCACAAGCCUCUUCCUCCCCAGGGUCUUCAAGCCUCUGCAUCUGCAAAGGCUUUAGAACCUUUGUCUCCUCGUUUACAGGCGAGCUGAGAUCCAGGCACUUGGUGCUGUCCCUCAUUCAGGGAAUUGAACUGAACCGAGAUGGUUUGUUAUUGUUACCCACAAGAGAUAGUUUGUUACUGCUCCUUUUUCACUGUCAUUUAAUAAAACUUUCAGA